GAAGACGUACGUCAUCCAGGGAGCGAGGAGAAGCUAGCUCAGCUUUCAGGUUGAUGUGUUAACUAAAAUAAAGAAGGAGGAUGAGCAGCUCAGAGGAGGUGUCCUGGAUAUCCUGGUUUUGUGGACUCAGGGGGAAUGAGUUCUUCUGUGAGGUUGAUGAAGACUACAUACAGGACAAGUUUAACCUGACCGGUUUGAAUGAGCAGGUGCCUCACUAUCGCCAGGCUCUGGACAUGAUUCUGGACCUGGAGCCAGAUGAGGAACUGGAAGAUAACCCCAACCAGAGUGACCUGAUAGAGCAGGCAGCAGAGAUGCUCUACGGGCUCAUACAUGCACGUUACAUCCUCACUAACAGAGGCAUCGCACAGAUGUUGGAAAAGUAUCAACAAGGGGAUUUUGGCUAUUGCCCCAGAGUUUAUUGUGAGAAUCAGCCAAUGCUUCCUAUUGGUUUGUCAGACAUCCCUGGAGAAGCGAUGGUGAAGCUUUAUUGCCCAAAGUGCAUGGAUGUUUACACCCCAAAGUCCUCCCGACACCACCACACAGAUGGAGCCUACUUUGGGACCGGGUUCCCCCACAUGCUGUUCAUGGUUCACCCAGAGUACCGUCCCAAGCGACCAGCCAACCAGUUUGUGCCAAGGUUAUAUGGUUUCAAAAUUCACCCGAUGGCUUAUCAACUCCAACUUCAGGCUGCAUCGAGUUUCAAGAGCCCAGUCAAGACGAUUCGCUAGAAAACCGAUUUAAAGAACACCGUGGACUUAAAGACUUUGUUGUUUACUACUUGUUUGAAGGAACGGAUUAUAUAUAUAUAUAUAUAUAUAUAUAUAUUCCCAAUAAAUGCCUGUACAGUUUCCCAAACUCACCUCAGUGUUGAGAGACUUUCAAAUUAAGAUAUUUGCUUUAAUUUAGUGAAACACUGAUACAGACGAGCAGGUUCACUUUUCCUGAUUAAACACACAAUUGUUAUGAAAUGUCAAUCUCCCGAGAGUGUUUAACUUUAAUUGAUGUCAGUACAUCUCAUAGAAAGUGGCUUUAACUGCUUGAUAAUGAAGGCUGCAGAUGUUUGGCUUUACUGAUUGAAUGUAACAGAAAAUCUUGCCACCAGCCCGACAGGUUUGCCUUAUCACUCCAUACUUUUGAAAGUCACCAUUAAGUUGCAUUAAGUCAUUAACUUUUGCUGCAGAACAGAUUUUGGGAUGUGCAUACGAUUUUUUUUCUGUAAAGUUGAAUUUGAAACAGCAGUAUGUGUAAAUGUGAUCAGGUGCUAUUUCCAAGAUACAACAAAUACCAAAUCAGAAGUAGAAAGUUAGGAACUUUCAUAAAAAUGGACCUUUGCUUGAUUUUAAUUUUAUUAUUAUGCUGUUAAGUUUCCUUGAAAGUCAGAGGCUGUAUGUACUUGAUUGUUUAGACAAUAUUAUCCUGAUAAUCCUGUAUUUGUAGUUUCAUCAUGUUUACAUUAUUAUAUUACAAUCUUGACAGAUGUGACACUUUUUCAAGAGUUUGGUGUUCGAUUGAACAUGCAGCAACAUUUCUGUGGAGCGAGUAAAUAGCAUUAUUUAUUUCUUAUCACUUUCAUACUUUUUAAAUUGUAAAUGUCACAGAUAGACAGCCCAAUAAAAUGCAAAAUAAUG